GCCACCCCUCGCGCGCCGCUCUGCCCCGGGCCAUGGCGGCGGUGGCUCGGGGCCGGGGCCUCCCUCGGGCGUGGCUCUGCAGGAGGGCGGGGCCGGGUAGCGGCCGCCACUACCGCGCCGCGCUCUGCACAGAGCUGAAGCAGCCCCUGGCCAUCAAGGAGGUCGCCUCCCGCCCAGUCCGGCCUCACGAGGUCAGAGUUGAUGUCCAUUUCUGUGGAGUUAAUUUUGCUGAUAUUUUGGUCUGCCGUGGUCAGUAUCAGGAAAAGCCCCAACUUCCCUUCACACCUGGAAUGGAGUUUUCUGGGACUGUCCUGGAGACAGGCACAGAUGUCAGCACAGUGAAAGAGGGAGACCGAGUUAUUGGCGUGAGUGGCUUUAAUGGUAUGGCUGAAGAAUGCAUCAUUGACCCAAAGACACUGUGGCAGAUUCCAGAAAGGGUCCCCCUCCGAGAAGCUGCUACCCUGCCUGUAUCUUAUGGCACUGCUAUUUUGGCCUUGGAGCAUAGGGCAUGCACUCGGCCUGGAGAAACUGUUUUAGUGACGGCAGCAGCUGGGGCCACAGGCCUGGCGGUGGUAGAUGUGGCAACGAAUGUUCUUCAGGCUCAGGUGAUAGCUGCAGCCGGAAGUGACGAGAAGUGCAAGCUGGCGAUGCAGAAGGGCGCACAGUCCACUGUGAACUAUGGUCAGGGCGGCCUGAAGGAGGCAGUGAGGAAGCUGGUGGGCAGUGGGGGGGUGAACGUGGCCAUUGACACUGUGGGAGGAGAUGUCUUCCUGGAGGCGCUCCGCAGCCUGGCAUGGGAGGGCAGGAUCGUGGUGGUGGGUUUUGCUGGAGGAACCAUUGCUUCUGUGCCGGCCAACCUUUUGCUCUUGAAGAAUGUCUCUGCCGUGGGGCUGUACUGGGGCCGAUACAAAGAGCAGAACUUUCCCGUCUUCUCCAGAACCCUGUCCUCGGCUCUUCAGUACUGCCAGCAAGGGCGCAUCCAGCCACACAUCGGAGCGGUUUUUAAGCUGGAGGAGGUCAAUGAUGCCUUCCUUCAUGUGAUACAGCGCAAAUCCACGGGCAAGACGACCACUGCAGUUCACUAUGCCGGAAAGCCGAUGGAGAUCUGGAGGGAGAGACUGUGUCUUGCCUGGAGGGUCCUCUGAAUCUCCUGUGUACCCUAAGGAAUCCGACUUUGGCAGAGGAGAUCCAGGAACAGCAGGAAGAGAGAACUGAUAACAAAUAACUUCUUAUUUCCACCAUAGCAAAUAUGAACUGCUUUGCCUGGCUUCCAAGCACUCCACCCACCGUACCAUCUCCCCUGACCUCAUUUCCCAUGGGGUAGAAUGGAAGGAAAAUGGCCCAGAAGCCAAGACAGCCCUCGAUUUGAAUGUUGGCCUCAGCACUCAUUAGCUGUGUGAGUUCAGCUUCGAGUCCAUAAAAUGGUGGUAAUAGUAACCCCCUUAUCCUUGAGUUGCAGUGAGGUCAGAUGAGGUUAUAUUUGUGAAGCACUUAGCAUAGUGCCUGGCACAUCAUAGGCCCUAAAUAAAUGUCAGCCUUUGUCAUGA